GAACUUGGCCCCAGGCCUGGAAUCCAGCCUUCAGCUAUUUUCUUGGCCUGAGCCCAGACCAGCUGACCUCCAGCCCUCCCAGGCAGCCUGCUGCCCAGGCGUCUGCUCUCAGAGUUCCUGCUGUGGGAGAGCCCCAGACCCCAAGAGUCUUCAAAGGUCUAUUAUUAAUGGGGCUGUCCAGCCGAGGCUGACAUCCCCACGCAGCCGUCCCAGAGCUCUGCACCUCAGCCAGCCCUCGGCCUUCCCUGUCUGGCCCUGUCUGCUGAGCAGUGCCUAGCAAGGGCCAGCCAGAGGUCACCCGCCGCACCUGAGCUACCGGUGUGUGAUGAGAGGACUGCCUCGCGUCUUCCCCCCUUUCCCAGCUGCCUUAGUUUCCCUUCCUGAGAGACGCAGCGUUCUGGGAGGUGAGGAGCUGCAGGGACCCAAGAAAGGCAUGGGAGCCGCCUGGGGACACUGGCCCCUCUGUCAGGAUCAAUCGCCCUAAGCCUGUCUGAGGCGCUCUGGGCUUAGGAGCAGCUGUGAAAGCCGCCUUUGUGCCGGGGAGAAUGAGCCACAAGAGGACAGGGGGCCCUGGCCCCGGGAGCCCCUCAGGUCCUGGCUCCUGAGAUCCACGCCAGCAGGAAGGACCCCAGCCUGGUCCCUGCAGCCCACCCAGGCCUGGUGCCACCUCGUGCCAUGGGAGCAGCCCAGGGGAAGAAGAAAACAUACUCUCCUCAGGCCAGAUUUCAUAGUGAAAAUGAGAAGCAGAGACUAAAUGGCUCAGCCUCCAUGUACUCGGAGAUUCAGAGGGAGCGGGCAGACAUCGGGGGACUGAUGGCCCGGCCGGAAUACAGAGAGUGGAAUCCAGAGCUCAUCAAGCCCAAGAAGCUGCUGAACCCCGUGAAGGCCUCUCGGAGUCACCAGGAGCUGCACCGGGAGCUGCUCAUGAACCACAGAAGGGGCCUCGGCCUGGACAGCAAGCCGGAGCUACAGCGAGUCCUGGAGCACCGACGGCGGAACCAGCUCCUCAAGAAGAAGAAGGAGGAGCUGGAGGCCAAGCGACUGCAGUGCCCCCUUGAGCAGGAGCUGCUGAGACGGCAGCAGAGGCUGAACCAGCUGGAAAAACCACCGGAGAAGGAAGAAGAUCACGCCCCUGAGUUUAUUAAAGUCAGGGAAAACCUGCGGAGAAUUGCCACACUGACCAGUGAAGAGAGAGCGCUGUAGGGACGGCUGCUGGGGCUCGGACCACCGUGCACCCCGGCCUAGACACCCUCCUCCAGCCCUUCUGCACCUGGCAGCCCUGGGCCCCAGGCCUUGGGACAUCUGUGAUGUUCCCACCUGCUUCUGUAGAAAUGUGUCGCCCCAGAAGACCUGGCUCUCCCUGGGAGGCUGGGGGCCCUAAGUUACCAGGCUUUUUCUUCCAAGCACCCAAACCCUCCUGCUCCAAGAGGGAAACCUGCAUGGGAGGUUUUUCUGGCAGAAUUGAGGAGGAAGAGGCAGCCCUCUGGCUUGACAAGCCUUCUCUUCUGCCCAGGCCUUCCCACCAGGAAUCUCCGAGGCUCCCCGGGGCCCCGCUUCUCCGCGCACCCCAGCUCCUAGGUCUCAGAGAACUCCCCCACCUGUAGUUUUACCUGCAGCCAGCAGAGCUUAGCUUCAAGGGCACCUGCCUCCAAAACCACUGAGGGGAGGAAGGGCAGGGCAGACGACAGGUUGCAGGCAUCCCAGCCACAUGGGAAGGGGCUAACACAGACAGCUGUUUAGGGUCUCCUCUCACCUUUGUGUUUAUCAUCCCCUCCGCACAGCGCCCAGUCCAGGCCUUCUAACCACACCUAGCCAGGGUGGCCGCCUUCCUACACCUAGAAGUCUGCUUCACAAACUUGAUAGGGCACAAAAAUCACUGGGGGAUCUUGUUAAAAUACAGCUUCUAAUUCAGUAGGUCUGGGGUAGGGGCUGAGAUCCUGCAUUUCUAACAAGCUCCCCAGGUGAGGUGGAGGCUGCUGGUGUGAGGACCCUGCUGUGAGCUGCAGGGUCAGAGUGCCCAGGGCUGGUGUAUAUUAGAAAUAUAAGCCAGGCACGGUGGCUCACGCCUGUAAUCCCAGCACUUUGGGAGGCUGAGGUGGGCGGAUCACCUGAGGUCAGGAGUUUGAGAUCAGCCUGGCCAAGAUGGUGAAACCUUGUCUCUAAUAAAAACGCAAAAAGUAGCCGGGUGUGGUGGUGGGUGCCUGUAAUCCCAGCUCCUCUGGAGGCUGAGGCAGGAGAAUUGCUUGAACCUGGGAGAUGGAGGUUGCCGUGAGUCGAGACUGUGCCACUGUACUCCAGCCUGAGCAACAGAGUGAGACUCCAUCUCAAAAACAGAAAUAAUAUAAAUAAAUAAACAUCACCCCUGAUGCCAUCACUGCCCCACACCUCCCAUGGACUGAUGCCCCAGGAAUUCCCACCUCUCAAACACACCUGGCCCCACCUCACCUCUGUAACCCAGGGAUUCUUCAUUAUCCACCCCACCCAGACUCCCACCGCCAGGGAUUCCCCAUGAAGACUUUGGCCUAGCAAAUUGCGUUGGUUAUGUAAGUGUUGUUUUAAUCAGAGAUGCACGUGAUUGCCAAUCUGCAUUUCUUACCAGUGUGACCACACUGUUAGGAUGCAAUUCUAGCCAAAAAAGAAAAAGAUUUUUUUUUAACUUUUUCCUGCAGUCUUAUGGAAAGCAAAUAUACAAUAAUUUCCAAUAGGCUUCUGGACUAGAAACAGUGGUUUAAAGACCCCACUGCUACCUUUAUGGACUGGCCCCUUUGAGUCUCCCAACCCCUACCUGGGCCAACUCCAAUGAAAUCAUCCAUUUUUCUUCAGAAGGCCUUUCCUGUGUGAGACCCAUGUAUUUCAACCUUUUGUGUUAUCCCAUUUUUAAAGAUUUAGGGCAUGUUCCAGGCCUGUUUCUUUUCCCCUGAAAUCCCUGCCUCUGGCUUCAUAAACCCAUCAUCUGAGGUGACAGAGCAGUGCUGGAAUCGCAUCUCCUUUCACGCCCCAAAAACUGCCACAAAGAGCAGCCACUGGCAUGUGCUUUGAUUCCUGGGGGCAAACAUGGGACUGGCUGGAGGAAAGGGAUUGUCCUGGUCUUACUCAGAGCUGGUGAUUUGAAGGUGACCGAAGUCAUGCUUUUCCUGUGUGUGCUGCCAGCACAGGGCUGUACAUGCAGAUCCCGCCUGUGUGCAUGUGUACAUGUCAAGCUCCGAGAGGCUCCUGAACGUGACUGGUGUGCUGAGAAUGUGGUUACGCUGUUUAAUGCCUGCCAGGUGAGGCUUACGCUGAAGAUGCACAAUCCCUAAAAUAAAGAUCGCCACUUCCCCAAAGAAGCGGCCCUCGGGUCCGUGUGUUGUUCACACAUGUGAAGAGAAGCAAGACAGAGGGUCCCAGAUGGACGAGGGCUCUCCAAGGGAGUGCCGGGCGCUUCACCCAGUGGUCCCCAGAAGUGCUCCUUGGAGGCAACAAAUCAUUCCAUGAAGCCCCAGAAGUAGAUGGGACCUCAAGCGUCACGCCCUCCAGGGCAGCCAUGCAGACACCCUUGAUUCCCAACUGCAUCUCUCCAGCCACUCCAACUGUGGAGGCUGUAAAUCCAGAUUCUCACUGUUCCAGUCUCCUUUGCAGCUUAGGAUGACUAUGUGAUCAGCUAUGGCCAAUGAAAUGGAAGAGGAAGUCUACAGGGUCUUCUGGGAAAGCUUAUGCUUUUCCGAUCAAAGACAUAGGCAUGGCUAACACCUCCCUGGCCCUCUUCUUACUGCCUUGAUUGAGGGUGUGAUGCCUGGAGCCACAGCAGCCACCUUGCUACCAUGAGAAAAAAGGCCAAGAGAAUCACAGAGCCAUUGACCCUAUCACUAUUUCACCAAGCUAAUGCCAGCAGCCAUCCUUCUCCUCUUGUAAAUAAAAUAAAUCCCUCUUUGUUUAAA